AUGUUUUCGUGUCAAACUAAGGGAAGAACAUUUCGAAAUAUUUUAAACCUGUUUCUUCGUGUGUUCAUAUUUUUACCCCUCUGCUAUGGCUUCGCUGUGCCGCAUGGGGACCGCAGCCUAAUUCCCAUUGCCGGAUGGACAAAGCAAAGCAACCGAUGCGGAGUGAACAGAAUAAUCCCGAGUAGGAUAAACGAGAAAAGUGGGACAAAACUGUACUCCAUAAAAAUAACCCACUUAACAGAAAAUAUAAUCCCGGAGGAGUACUUCAAGUAUAACCUUCCUCCAGAGCCGAUAUACCCUUACAUCACCGUGCCUAACAAUUUAUACACGAGGCAAACAAAGGAUGAACAGCCCGAUGGAGAGAACCCCCCAAGUGGAGGAAACCAACUGGAUGGUGAAAAAUAUCCAGACAAUGCGAUAGAGGUUGGAAAAAUGUCCUCGGAAGAAUUCGCAAAAUGGAAUGAAGAAAAAAAAAAAAAAAUGAAAACCCUGCCUGAAGCAACUAUUGAGGAUUAUAUUGAGGACAUGAAUUUUAGAAAAUAUGUCCAUCCCUGUUUGGUUAAGAAGGUUUCUCCAAAGGAAAGACACAAAAUGCACCACUCUCUGUUGUCCCUUAUCGACCCAAAGGUAGAAUUUUCCAUCGUAGAUUGCUUUGAGGAAAACGAUGAAGAAAAUGACCUCACCGAAUAUGACGCAGCGUUCAGGGGAAUAGCACCUUGGCCCACCACAGAUGAAUUAAGAAGAAAUGAAAACGACUACCAGUUUGAGAAAACGGAUCUCGAGGUGGAGUACAACAUAACGUAUGACAAAACGGGGUACCGGGAGUUCAGGAAGAAGCUGCUUGCGGAGCGGUUGCACGGUGCUGAAGGGGAAGCAACUACCAAGGAGGAAGGAGCGAAUGCAGAAGAGGAAGGAACAACAACUGACAGGAAAAAUCCAACCGAUGGAGAACUGCUCGACGACCAGCCCAACGGGAACGCCCCUCCACCUGUCUCCGUCGAGGACAUAAGAAAGUUGUACUUCAAAAAGGAGAUCAAAACGCUCAGGGAGGCGAAGGAAGAAAUGGCCAAAUGGGCAGAACGGAAAACGGCCUCCAGGAGCACAUGGACGUUGACAGAGGAAGAACUGAAUUUACUGCCUGACAAGUUCAGGCGCUUGUACCAGCAGAAGAGGAGAGAGAAGUUGGAAGAGUUGAGGGAGGCCAAACGGAAAGAGGAAGCGCAACAAAGGGGGGAACUACCAGACGAGUUUUCCUUAUGGGAUGAGAAGGGACUAUCCAGCAUAGAGAAAUUGCGCUCAGAGGAGUCCGGCAAAAUGAGCGUUGCGACGAGCGCCGAUAGGAACAGUGAAAGCACCGUAGAUGUGCUACCUAACGGGGGAGAGCACCCCCCCAUGAAUGGAGAGCAAAAUCUGCAAAAUAUUAGAUUGCUUGAAGAAAACGUACUAUACACAAAGGCCAAAUCGCCAGUAGAAAAUAUGUUAUACGAGUGGGACGAUUCUCUGAACUCCAAAUGGAGAAAGCGAACAGAAGAAGUGAUACGCGAUGUCAUCAUGUAUGACUAUCCUAUGAGGGAAGUGAGAAGACCAUCCAAGUUAGACCUUUACGAUGUGACAUGGUAUGCAGGAAAGGUAGAAGUGUUUGUCAUUCCAGACGAAACGCAAGGGAAAAAUUACAAAAUAACUUUAUUCGACUUGAAACAGCUAGUGAAAAAAAUAGCAGAAAGAUUGAAGGAGCUUGAAAUCGAUGAGGAAAUUAUUAUUUUGCCAUUUUUUGAAUUAGUUGUUUCGUCUCUUCCGAGUAAGAAUAUCCUUGUGUGUAGGAGGGACUGGUGUAGUCAUGCUGGGAAAGAAGUCACCGUUUUUUUUAAGGAGAAUAUUUUUCCUCCUUUGGAAGGUAUACUCCUAGGAUCGCCCAGCGUCUUUCACUUAAUUAUAAACGUUAAUUAUGAGCGGAUAGAAAAUUUGGAUGUCCACUCCAUCGAUAAGGUGAUCCUGAAGGACAGCAAGGAUGAACUUCGGGGCCACAUUGUGCUUAAGGCUGCAAUGGAAAACAAAGUGGGGGAAAAAUCCGAGCCAGUUGGAGGGGCCCCUAGUGGGGAUGACUCAGAAAGGGAGAAUUUACCUGCACAUGAAGGAGACCCCGAAAUUGAUGCACCUUUAGACAGUGACGAUGAGGAAGACGAAGAGAUGAUCAAUAAAAGGACAGGCUUCGAUGAACUGCAAAAGUUGAAGGACAUCGAGCGGGUGGGCGUUAAUUCGCUAAGUGGUAGCCAGUUGCGUAGGGACGAAGAGGUCGACCCGGUUGGAGGUGAAAGCGGCAUGCGUACCAACCUCGAUGGCAUCAGGCCAGUUAGCGGCAUUAACCGAUUGGGCGACGAUGAAGACGCAGAUAGGAUGAAAAAGCAGGCCCUCGAUGAAAACGAUGACGAAGAGGAAGACGAUGAUGAAGAUGAUGAUGACGAAUCGUAUGACGACGUUGCCGAUGAGGGGGACAUGUACGGAGUGGACGAUGAUGAAGGUGACUCCGACGGGGGGGAUGUCUACGGGGACGACGAGGAGGAUGAUUACUUGUCAGAGGAGUGA